CCUGACAGCCGCUUCAGCUGCGCUCAGUGUGCGCCGGAGACCCGCCGCGUCCGCUCCCCCCUCUGCGCACCGACCCGGGACGGCCGCUCACUGUCUGGGGAGGGAAAAAAAUAAAAAGCGAGGCUUUCUGUGGGAUUUUGGGUGGAGAGUUUUACCCCCGCUUGGAUCUGUACCCUCCGGGCUCCAGCUGGUAAAUCACCAAGCAGCUCAGACAUGGCUGAGAGGAAGCUGGAGGGCUUCAGGUGGAGUUGGAUGGUGGCGCUCGUCCUGCUGUGUGACCUGACGAAGUUUUUGGUGAAGGCCAGCAUGGAGGUCAAUGAAACCCAGCAGCUGCAUCCAACCAACGUCUACCACGACAUGACCCUGACCAGGAACAAGAUCGUCACGGCACAGUUCGAGUGUUACCAGAAGAUCAUGAAGGACAACACCAACACCAAUAGCAGACAAGAGCCCAUGUGUAAUCGCACCUGGGAUGGUUGGCUAUGUUGGGACGACACCAGUGCAGGGAUUGUAUCGGAACAGCACUGCCCGGACUACUUCCAGGACUUUGACCCUUCCGAGAUGGUCACAAAGAUUUGCACUGACAGCGGCCAUUGGUUCCAUCACCCUGAGAGCAACCGGACAUGGACCAACUACACCCGCUGUAACGAGCACACCAAUGAAGGCAGAGUGACUGCAAUGAAUCUUUUCUACUUAGCCCUCAUAGGACAUGGGCUGUCGCUGACCUCGCUCUUCAUAUCCCUUGGAAUAUUCUUCCAUUUCAAGAGUCUGAGCUGCCAAAGGAUCACCCUUCACAAAAACCUUUUCUUCUCCUUUGUUCUGAACUCUGUAAUCACCAUUAUUUGGCUGACCGCAGUUGCGAACAACCAGGAGCUGGUGCAGAGGAAUCCAACGAGCUGCAAAGUGUCCCAGUUCAUUCAUCUCUACCUGUUUGGCUGUAAUUACUUCUGGAUGCUGUGUGAGGGGAUUUAUCUGCACACGCUCAUCGUGGUGGCCGUAUUUGCCGAGAAGCAGCACCUGAUGUGGUAUUACCUCCUCGGCUGGGGCUUUCCUCUCAUUCCGGCUUCCAUACAUGCCAUUGCUCGAAGCUACUACUACAACGACAACUGUUGGAUAAGCUCCAAAACGUCGCUACUCUACAUCAUCCACGGUCCGAUCUGUGCAGCGUUGUUGGUGAAUUUGUUCUUCCUGCUGAACAUCGUGCGAGUUCUCAUCACCAAGCUGAAGGUGACCCACCAGGCGGAGUCCAGCCUCUACAUGAAGGCGGUGAGAGCCACGCUCAUCCUGGUGCCUCUUCUGGGAAUCCAGUACGUGCUGCUUCCCUACAAGCCCGAGGGCCGCGUCUCCUCAGAAAUAUACGACUACAUCAUGCACAUACUGAUGCAUUACCAGGGUCUGCUUGUGGCCACAAUCUUCUGCUUUUUCAAUGGAGAAGUCCAGGCCGUUCUGAGGAGACACUGGAACCAGUACCACGUGCAGUACGGCAGCAGCGUGGGGAACCACUCGGACGCGUUGCGCUCUGCGUCCUACACGGCCUCCUCCAUCACCGAGGUGCAGGGCUGCUACAGCAUCGACGGCCACACGGAACACAUGAACGGCAAGAGCUGCCUCGACACGGACGUCUCCAUCUUAAAAUCCGACAGCCCCUUCGCCUGACGCCAGCACCCCUCUCAGACUCCGUCCCUCCCGACGCCACCAUCACCCUUAAAACCCGCGGCAUGUUUGGAGCUCUGUGGAAACCAUGGAAACUUGCCUCUACCUGUAGAUACAAUGAUAGAAGGAAUGGAAGAGGAUCACCCGCCUGGAAGAAAUCGUCCGGCAGACCCUUUAGCUGCGUGUGACGGCGCGCUCCGUGCAGCCACUCCAGGACUGCUUCCCUUGGACUCGGAUGCUUUCUGAUAAUCACAAAAUUGUUGCAACCUUUCUCUCCAACAGAAUCUGUUUUUAGAGGGGUGCAUACUGACUGCCUGGUUGACCUUUCAGGGUCUUGAUGUGCACAAAAAAGCCUUCGGUUACACUGUAAAUUCCUUUGACACUGUUUGUGCCAAACCAAAAAAAGUUCUGCCUGCCUCAUUUAUGUGUUAAUAAGGAAUCAGAAAAAAGAUAUAGGACAUGGAACAGUUGCAUAAUAUAUUAAAGCGCUAUAUAUUUCACAUGUUAAUUUAUCAAAGCAUAUUCAGUUACAUAAACACAUUAAAUACCAUUCAGUAUUUAUUAAAGGUGACAUGCUACGUUCUCUUUAAUAGGACACAAUGGAGUACUGGUGUGACUUGUUGCCAGCAACAUUGUAAACUUUUUAAAUGUUUCAGUGUUUGUUGCUUUGUGUACAGUCGGUGCGGAUGAAUGCCAGAAUUAGCUUGUUAGCUAGCACGCUUGCUAGUGUCUGAAGGUGUUAUAAGUGACCCUUAUUGACAGGUGAACCCUUUCAACCACGUACGAAAUGCAGCUUUCUCACCGAAACGUGCAACACUACAUCAGUUCAAUACAUAUGAAUGUAAGUUAUCGCCUUCCCUCUCACAUUUCUUUCUUUUAGUUGCACCCCCUUUUUCCCCCCCACUGAUUUAGCUACAUAUCACAGAGACUUGAGCAUUAGCUCGUGUCGCAACCGAAAACGGCGCAGUUGCAUGAACGCAUGAGUGGGGUUGCAUCGCUUCAGGUACAGACGAGAAGGUGAAAUUCAGGUCAGGACGCUCAGAUUUGCUGAUGCACACCUCGGUGAGUUUUAAGCUUCAGCGCAUUUCAGUGCUAUCCUUACAUAUAGCAAGCAAAAAAAGAAAAAAAGCUUACGUAAUGAAGUGUUUGUGUUCGCCAUGGUUAGCAGAUUUUGCAGCUCUUGAUAAGUGCCAAUAAACAUUAGCUCUGUUAAAGCUAAUAUAAGUAGCCAAACAAAUCCUGUAUUUUUACACGACCCUAGCGGUUUAAACCUCUACCUACAUAUCUUCAUCAAAAUUAGCCUCAAUCAAAAUUAUUAAUAUUUACUUAAGCAAAUACUGCUUAAAUCCACAACUUCUUAAAAACUUUCUCUUCUUGUGCACUUCACCAUAGAAGUCACUACAUGAUUACAUAAAUGAGGGAAUUCCUGAUAAUUGGAAGCUAAAGUUUGCAAUUUGCUUGGUAAGUCCUUCUGAGUUCCUGUUUGCAUAACAGCGGCGCUUAGGGAAACUAAAAAUGCAACUUUUUGAAAAUGACUCUUGAAGUCAUAUUUACUCAUUUUAUCCUUUCUUUUAUGAUAAAAUGGAAAAUGAAACAAGACUGUUCGGGUCAAUUUUCAUAUUAGAAAUCUACAUAAAAACUACAUUUCAUAAUGAAGAAGUUGAUAGAACAAACAUGAUAAUGAACGUUAAGCCAUUUUUUUGCUACUUCCUCAUCAGGCACAAUUGUUUUAGUCUAAAUUUCUGUGCACAACCUCUAUUCAAAGGUACAUUUAUCACGGUUUUUACAAACUUUUCCAAACCUGUGAAAAUAAUUGAAGUAAAUUUAUCAGAGAAAUUCCUCCUCUGGGCAGCGCUCAGCUAAGCCCAUAUUUUCAGACCUUCCUUUUAUUUUAUUUUUCAGCAUCGUCCUGUUGUCCGUUCAUCCUCCGGAGCUUGUACAGAAUGCUGGGAACAUGAGUUACUAUCAGUUCAUGUAAAUAUUGUUUUGUAAAUUCAACAUUUCAAAGAGGACAACGUGCGAGUGUGUGUAUGCGUGCGUGCAUGAUUUCUAUAUACAGUGUUCAUGGGUAGAUUAUAUUCGAAGGCAUUCAAACCACUACUUGUGUCAGGUGGGGUUAUUAUUUUCUGUCAUCAAGCUACUGUAUCUGUUAUGUCUUCAUCUUUAACAUUUCAUCACCUCUUUAAUUUUCUUGAACUCUUAAGCACAAAGAUCCGUGUAUGUCGAGGUUUUAUGUAUUCUCCUCAUGCCACACCGCCAGUGUGUGUGUCCAGGAUCACAAUCAGCCCUCCAGACGCCGUGUUAUCUCUGUUUUUCCAGCACAUGGUCUGGAAAAUAACAACCUACCUUCUCUGUCGAGACUUUUAAGGUGUUUGUUUUUGGAUAGAGUAGCUCCGAGGUGGACAACCUCCAAUUUUCCUAUUUCGUCUCUCAACGGCCCGUCGUUUUCUUUUCAUGGUUCAUUUCACGGUAACUUCUGAAUGUCUCCAUUUUCAGUCUGGUGGCUUAACGCGCUUUCUGUCGUACGAGGGAGGAAAGGUGGUUUGUAUUUUCAGGAGGCAAAUUAAUGCAGGGAUGUCAAACUCACACAUACAGCUCGAUUUGAUCGUUUACACGAUGUUUUCAAGUGAAAAUGCAAAACUUUUGUUGCAUUUUGGGGGCCCAUUUACACGACAAUGGUCGUCUGAACCACUGAAUAUGCAGCAUUUUGAAAAUGGCUUCUAAGGGGGAACAUUUUGAGAAUGACUUCAUCGUUGCCUGUGUGUGGUUUUAUUACAGAAACGCACAGCACCCACUAGUGGCCCAACAUGAAACCUGCAUCGUUUUCAGCAUUUCUGCCGCUGUCAUGUAAACGGACAUCAUGCAGAAAAACUGAAUUUUCACUUGAAAUUUAUUUAAAAUGUCUGUUUUUGUAUGAGGAGCUGUUGAAAAGGUUUACAUCCAAACAAACAAAAACUCAAACAAGCUGACAAGUUUCACGAUCAAUUUCAACACCGUCUUUUUUGUAAAUAAUACCACAUUUCUGCUAGCUUUUACUGAUCUCUCAGCUCAGGCCUCAGUGUUGUUUGACGUCCACCACUCUAUUGAAAACACCACAGUCCCUGCUGGUAGACAGAUGACCAGUUUUGGCCCUGGGGCCGUAUAUUUGACAUCCCUGCAUCAGAUGGUAUGAAGACGUCCUCGUUUGAGGCGCCGGCUUCAUUCGGUGUAUCGGCAGAAUUACAGCAGUUGUUCUUUUGGAAAAUCAGAUCUGCAGGACAGUUUCUCCUUUUUAAACACAAAAAGUCAUUUACGGUGUCGUGACUCAACAUAAUCCCAUAAGUGUGUGUGUGUGUGUGUGUGUGUGUGUGUGUGUGUGUGUGUGUGUGUGUGUGUGUGUGUGUGUGUGGCGGGGGGGAUUAUGAAAGCCAGAGGCUUUUAGUGAGCAUAGCGAAUCCUGUGUGUCAUUUAAGUUGUGUAUUUAUGUGUGAAACGUCUUCGGGGGCGUUUGUGAAGUCCACUGUGACGCUCCGGUGAAACCUUGUAAAGUUUGACUAAAGCAUUGAGGAUGAUGUCUGUAGUUUUGGUUUCUACUGUACUGUAUCUGACUUUUGACUCCACACUGAUGUUUGAAUGUAAAUGGUUUUAUUUUAUUCUCUGGAUGUGAAGAACAUAUAGAUAUAUAUAUAUAUAUAUUUACGUAUAAUGUCUUUUUUUAUUAUUUCAUUGAGUUAGACAAUGUUGCUAUCUUGUGUGUAUCUGCAUAGUAAUACAGUAUAGCACUGCACUGGC